UUUCACAACCGAAAAAGAUUUACUCGCAAGUGAAAAAGUUUUCCCAAACGUAAAUUUUUAGCUCCUCCCACCGAAAAUAUUUUUCCUGACCGAAAAUUCUAGCUCCACCCAACGAAAAAAGUUUUAUCGCAACCGAAAAUUCUCGCGACCGUAAAAAAAUCAUGAUAAGCUCCCAGACAAGCACACGAGAGGAAAAGUGAGUUGGUGUUUUUUUUUUUAAUUCAGUCAGUUGACCGUCGGCACGCGGAGAAAACGCACCGGUGUCAAAUAAUUCGUUAACUCUGCUCGGUGGCCGCGGAAUUUCAACGCCCGUUGCUCUCGAUGCUUUUUCGACGGCGCCGCGGCAGCGAUCCUUCGACAAGGGAAGCGGCGGACCUUUCGCAUCUCAUCACCAGCACCGAUUCGGCCCUCUUGGGCUCCAGGGACAAUGCCGCGUUCCAGCAGGUGCGCGAAAGUCUGAACGAUCUCGACGAGAUCGCCGAGGCCAAGGACACUGACCUCAUCUUCCUGAGGGGGUUGAUGGACAGUCCGGUUGUCUGCACGCUUGUCAAGACGCAGGACAAACUCGAGUCGCCCAUCGAAGCCCCGAAGCCCGUGCUGCCCAACAGCUCGCGUCUCAUCCACGACCUGACGCGCCGCUGCGACCCUAGCCAAGAGGCGCUCGAACUCCGCAGGAUCAUCUCCAAGCCGCACUUCCAGGCGUUGAUCGAGACGCACGACGAGGUCGCCAACCUCAAGGAUCUGCCCAGGUCGAAUUCCUCCGCGUCAGAGUCUCCUUCCGAGGACGCCAUGAUCGAGGAGUCCAUUCCCUUGGACGCCGUCCGCAUGGUCGGACUCCGAAAAAGCGCCAACGAGCCUUUGGGUCUGACGAUCCAAACAGAUGCCAACGGCAAUCUAGUGAUCGCUCGCAUCCUAGCUGGAGGGAUGAUCGAUCGGCAGGGUCUGUUGCACGCCGGUGACAUCAUCAGGGAGGUGAACGGCGUUGGAGUUCGCUCCCCCGAGGAAUUGCAAGCAGAGAUCGCAAGGGCGCGCGAGUCAGUGACCCUGAAGGUAGUGCCCAGCGUGGACCCCGAGGUGUCAGCGAAAGGCCAGGUAAAGAAGGCGCCGUCCGCGUCGCUCACCCUUCACGAUGGCACCACCACCCUGUGUUACAUGAGGGCCCUCUUCGACUACGACCCCAAAGAAGACACCCUGUUGCCUUGCUCUGAUAUUGGCCUUGAAUUUCAACACGGCGACAUACUCCAGAUUUUGAACCAAAAUGACCCCAACUGGUGGCAGGCGAAAAAGGUCGGCAGCAGCGGACACGCAGGUCUGAUCCCCUCUCAGGAACUGGAAGAGCGGCGCAAAGCUUUUGUCGACCCCGACAAGGACUAUUGUCACACGAUAGGCAUUUGCGGAACCAGAAUCUCUAAGAAGAAGAAGACUUUGAUGUACCAGUCAAAGCAAAACGCCGACUUUGACAAGGCGGAGCUGUCCAUGUACGAGGAAGUGACACGAAUGCCUCCCUUUCGUAGGAAAACUCUUGCGCUGGUCGGCUGUCACGGGGUUGGUAGGCGCACCCUCAAAAAUAGACUUAUCAACUCUGACCCAGAAAAAUUUGCUGCCGUCAUACCUUACACGUCAAGGCCUCAGAGAGACGAGCUUGAGGAAAACGGCAAGAGCUAUUGGUUCCAGGACAGAGCGUCCUUUGAAAAGGAGGUCAGGGAGCACCAAUUCUUGGAGUACGGAGAGCACAACGGCCACCUGUAUGGCACCAAACUGGAGUCGAUUCGAUCGGUUAUCCGCUCUGGCAAGAUGUGUGUUCUUGACUGCAGCCCAGCAGCUUUAAAAAUUUUGCACAACUCACAAGAGUUCAUGCCUUAUGUAGUAUUCAUCGCAAGCCCUGGCAUGGAGGAGCUCAGAAACAUCCAUGAAUAUGGUGCUAAUCCUUACGCAAGCAGAAAUUUGGCCUUUGAGCGCGCCAGCUCUAUUCGGUACAGCUCGCGGAGAGCAAGGACCUUGGAAUCUUUGGCAUCCCUUUAUGAGGAGGAAGAUUUGAAGAGAACUUUGGAGGAGAGCUCGUUCUUACAGCGAAAUUACGAGAAGUACAUUGACCAAGUAAUCAUCAACGAAGAUUUUGACGUAACCUUCCGAAAGGUUGCUGAACUCUUGGACAACAUGACCACUGAGCAUCAGUGGGUGCCCGUUUCCUGGGUCUAUUAAUCAAAUACUGCCAAAGGUUAUUACUUUGUCCCCCCAAUAAUGAUAUUACAUCUCCUGCCACACAAAGCGUGCGACACAUACUCCCAUGAAAUCUAAAAUGGAAUGGCUUCUAAAAUGAAUUGAAAAGCUUUAUAUUUAAUAAGAAUCUCAAGGGAAAUAUUCAUAGAAUCUGAUAAAGUGCUGGGUCAUGCAUAUCUUUUUUGAAAAUCCUUGUAAAUUUGCGAUUUUGUGAAAAUUGAAUGUAACAUUCCACUCAGAACCCUGCUAUUCCAUGGGAUAUGUAGCAUACCCAACCAGUAUACUAUCAACCAAAACAAUCAUUCAAUUUUUAUGCUCAUUGUAUUAUUCUGGCACCGAUUCAAAAUAAUUAUAUCUGAAGUUUGUCAUUACCUCUUCGAUUGAAUAUUGAGUACUGAAAAUUAAUAUUAAAAAAGCAUCUUGGUGCUGAUGUGGCGUGGAUUAUGACUUUUCGGAAUGUUUGAAAGUACCACGCAGAAAGAUGAAAGAAUGAAAACGAAAGAGCUUGGCAUGUCUGUGUUAAAUUUCUCUCACUGACUUCGACAUUUGAUGAAAAAUAAAAUCAUUCCUAUAUCAUAUAUUUCUCAUUACUUAACGAAUUGAAACUAAUCAUUCACAAUAAGCGUGAAGGAAAAGCCGUCCAAGUGUAAGCAUUGAUAUUUUAAAUGAAGAUUAAUAAUUUUGCUGAAUUUUAUUUGUGUAAGACUUUCGAAAUAUUGUUUUAAGAAAUAAUUUUUAAAUUUAAAGCUAGUGCUAUUUGAGCGCAAGUGUUGAAAUUUUAAGUUUGUAAAGCGUCUGAAUAAGUGCAAAAAGCACUGAGGUUGUUUGUCUAUUUAGUUGGAUUGAAAUUUGAAUUAAACCAUUUAUGUUGCAUUAUUAAAAAAAUUGUGUUAUUUUAAAUCA